UCACAAGUAUAAGGAACUUCAGGAAGCUUCAGCUCAAAUUACAAAGACUAAAACUGAGACUGGAGUAUUGUGAUGAGUGAAUAUACAAUGUUUCGAAGACGUAAAGGAAACGUAAAUCCCCCUACCGAUUUGAGAAUUGUGUUACUGGGUAAAACUGGAUCAGGGAAGAGUUCAACAGGAAACACAAUACUAAGUGGAUGCCAUUUUACAACUGAUGACUCAAUGGAUCCAGUUACCAGUUCAUGUCAGAAAAACAAAGCUAAUGUUGGUGGAAGGAACAUCUCAAUUAUUGACACUCCAGGACUCUUUGAUACAUCAAUCACUAAUGAAGAACUGAAGUCUGAAAUAGAAAAGUGUGUCUACAUGUCUGCUCCUGGUCCUCAUGUGUUUCUGCUGGUCAUCAGACUGGAUGUGAAAUUUACAGAUGAAGAGAAGAAUGCAGUGAAAUGGAUUCAUGAGAACUUUGGUGAAGAUGCUAUAAAAUACACCAUCAUUCUGUUUACUCAUGCGGAUGCACUAAAGCAUAAAUCUUUGCAUGAGUAUGUUGACAAAAGUAAGACUAUGCAGGAAGUUAUUAGCCAGUAUGGCGGCAGAUAUCACUCAUUCAACAAUGACAACAGCGAGAAUCGAGUUCAGGUCACACAGCUGUUAAACAUGAUAGAUGAAAUGGUUAUGCAUCAUGAAGGAAAAUUUUACACUAAUCAGAUGUAUGAAGAAGCCCAGAAAAAGAUUAAAUGGGAUAAUUUAAAAAAAUCUGUGUUUACAGUAGCAUUAGACGUAGGAGUGGCAGCAGCAGGAGCAGCAGCAGGAGGAGCACUAGGAGGAGCAAAAGUGGUAGGAGCAGCAGCAGUAGCAGCAGUAGGAGUAGUGAAGGCAGCAAAAGCAGCAUAUCAGUAAGCAGAAGACAUUUGUAUUGUACAUUUGUAUUUUAUAACAGGGGCGGUACAGUGACUCGGUGGGCAAGGGAGGUCUUUCUGUGUGGAGUUUGUAUGUUCUUCUGUCAGUGUGGGUUUACUCCAGGUACUCUGGUUUCCCUUCCACAAUCCAAAAACAUUUUGGUUAGGUGAAAUGAAGAUGCCAAAUUGCCCUUCCCCCAACCUGUGUAAAGUAUAGAUCAACUUGUGUAGAUCAACCAUGGAUUAACCGGUUCUUGCCAUGAAUAUAGCCAGAGAUGUUGUAAUUUAUAACCUAUGUUUUUAUUUCCAGUUGCAUUUAUUCUCUGCUUCCAUUUUGUUUAUGUUUUUUCCAUGUUCAAAACAGAGUAAAUUAUCAGUAAAUUUAUCUUUCUUUGUUUCAAACUGAUUCCUGUUUUUUUAUACAAUCCUCUAAGUUA